CACACUCCUGCUGGGCCCAGAGGGAAGGUGAAGGAGUGAAGGUGGUGGUGGUGCCGGGCCCAUUGAAGCGUAGCUGUCGCCUGGAGAACUGUGGCCCAGGAGCUGCGGCGGCACCUGAGGGACCUGCCCCCUCUGCAGCCCUCAGUCCGGGUUUGCAGUGAUCCCGGAGCCUCAUCGCUCUGGGUGUGAGGAGCGUGGGUGUCCACGCAGGAUUGCGGGCACCCCUCGGCGGGCAGCGAACAGACCGCGGCCUGGCAGGGCGGCCAUGGCAGACGAGAAGACCUUCCGCAUCGGCUUCAUUGUGCUGGGCCUCUUCCUGCUGGCCCUGGGCACGUUCCUCAUGAGCCACGACCGGCCCCAGGUCUACGGCACCUUCUACGCCAUGGGCAGCGUCAUGGUGAUCGGGGGCGUCAUCUGGAGCAUGUGCCAGUGCUACCCCAAGAUCGCCUUUGUCCCUGCUGACUCUGAAUUCCAAGGCGUCCUGUCCCCAAAGCCGCUGGGCUUGCUGGAGAACGGACUCACUGCCGAGAUGAAGAGCCCCCAGCCCCCCUACGUCAGGCUGUGGGAGGAAGCUGCCUAUGACCAGAGCCUGCCUGACUUCAGCCACUUCCGGAUGAAGGUCCUGGGCUACAGCGAGGAUCCCCGCCCCCUGCUGGCCCCUGAGCUGGGGCGGCAGCAGCUGGAAGCUGGUGACAGAGGGGAAGGUGGCCCUCGCGAUGCUCAGGCCUGGAUGCAGGCUGCUGUGGUCGUCCACAGGGGCUCGGAUGAGGACGAGGGAGAAAGAAACCCAGCUCAGAGCAGUCCCCGUGCCCCAGUCUCUCCCCAGGGUCCUGCACCUUUGGCUUCCUUCCAAGAUGAAAUGGAUGUGGGCUCCAGUGAGGGCAGCAGCCCCAACCCGUCUCCGCUUGAUGGGGAGGAGCCUGGCCCCCCUCCAGGGGAGCCCUGGGCCUGCAGGUGCCAGCUGGACCGCUUCCAUGACUUCGCUCUGAUAGAUGCCCCCGCGUCGGAGGACACACCUCCAGCGGGACAGUGGCGGGACGCAGCCCUCCCCAGCUACUGGCAGCGGUCCCCGAGGACGAAGGAGGAGGACGAGGCUUCCGACUCAGGUGCAGAGGAGCCAGAGCAGGAGGAGGAGGACUUGUACUAUGGGCUGCCAGACAGCCCUGGGGACCCCCUCCCGGACAAGGAACUGGGCUUUGAGCCCGAUGCCCAGGGCUUAGAUGGAACUGCCCCUGGGUGCUAGCCUGGCACAGCACUAGCCCUGUGUGACUUCACAGGGCCUCAAUUCCCCUCUCUGCAAAAGGGGGUUGCCUGGAGGUUCAGAUGAGACGGUGGGUCCUGCAGCACCUAGAGGACCGUAAAGGACGCAGGAAGGGGCGAUGGUUUUCGAUGGAUCCUGGCCACUCCGUUGUUACUUUGGGGGGUUAGGGCUUUGAAGGUGAAUGUGAUUCACUUAGACGAUCGGCAGCAGCUGGGGCCUCGGAGUCUUCUCUGCCUCCCCCCAGAGCUGCCUCUGACCAGGUGCCCCCUUGGGGCUACGCUGGCUCUCCGAUCCCCCGUGAAGGCCUCUC